UUACAUGGGAACAGUUGGAUCAAUAAGGAAACUUUGGUCCCUCUCUCCCUACAUACUCUCUCUCUCUUCUCUCUUCAGUUUUUGUUGCUCUCUUUUGGGUGCUUCCCUUUCUUCUCUUUUUUCCUUUCUUUUAUUUAUUCUCCAAUCUCUUUUUUUUCAUCAUAACAAGGCUUUAUUCUUUUUAUCUUCAUUAGUAGUGGUCAAAAGGAUUUCUGGGAUUUUGCCAAUUUGGUGUAACAAAAUAUCACUCCCACCCUCCCCUUUUCUUUUACACAAACACAGAAGAAAAAAAGAAAAAAAAAACUUCAUCACUUCUUGGCUUAUUUGAGCUACUACUCUGCUUCUUGGAUUAUUUCCUGAGGUUGUUUUUUCUAGCUGGUAAGAAUCAACCUUUCAUUAGGAUAAGAAAGGGAAGAAAAAGAAAAAAGAAAAAAAAAUACUUAUCUUUUGGGUGUUUGUGUUUCUUGGUGUUUAGAUCCUUCUUUGUGGAACACGAUUUUUACUACUGUGCUAAGAAUUGUGUUCCUCUCCGUACAAAUCUACAUAUCUGAGGCUUUAGAUCUUCUUCAAGCUACUUUACUUUACAAGUUUCAAGUUUUAAUAUUUGCUGCGAAAGAAAAAAAGAGGGCUGAUUUCUAUUUUCUACUUGUGAUAAGAAGAAGGAAGAUGGUAAGAGGAAAGACUCAGAUGAGGCGCAUAGAGAACGCAACAAGCAGGCAAGUAACAUUCUCAAAGAGGCGUAACGGUCUGCUUAAGAAAGCCUUUGAGCUUUCUGUUCUUUGUGAUGCUGAAGUUGCUCUCAUCAUCUUCUCUCCAAGAGGCAAGCUUUAUGAAUUUUCUAGCUCCAGCAUGCAAGAGACAAUUGAACGCUAUCGCAGACAUACACGGAAUGCUCAAACAACACCUAGAUCAGAUGAACAAAAUACGCAGCAUUUGAAGCAAGAAACGGCAAGUUUGAUGAAGAAGAUUGAGAUUCUUGAAGCUUCAAAACGAAAAUUGGUGGGAGAAGGUUUGGGAUCAUGUACCUUAGAAGAGUUACAACAAAUAGAACAACAAUUGGAAAAGAGUGUAACCAGUGUUAGAGCUAGAAAGACUCAGGUUUACAAGGAACAAAUUGAGCAACUAAAGGAAAAGGAAAAAGCUCUAAUUGCUGAAAAUAUCAAGCUUUCAGAACAGUAUGGCAUCCAAGCACCACAGGCAAUUCUAAAGGAUCAAAAAGAAAAUGAACAACCCUACCCAGAAAGUAGUAGUCCAAGUUCAGAUGUGGAGACUGAAUUAUUCAUUGGACUACAUAGGUCUAGUUGAGAUAAAAAAAAAUUAACCUUCCAUCCAUCAUCAAUAUGGCCUAUGCAAAUGUAUAAACAAGAGGAAGCCCUAUUAUCUUGUUUUAUGCACGAGUAAUCUCAUAUCAGAUAUGUUAUCAGUAUUCCUAUAGAGAUCAAUAAUAAUACUGGCAUUCAAAUAGGUUAAUUCAGUCAGCAACUUAAAAAUAUGUUUAGGUACUCAGCAGUACUAACAGUAGUUUUAUGCUUAGAGUUUAAUAAAGGCUUUAUUUUCCUGAUU